AAUGGUUACCAUAUAAAUAAUAAUUUGCUAAACGUAUUUAAACAUAUCAAACCAUAACCAUCCCUCUUUUUAAAAACACCAUAAAGCCUUUAAACCUCUAAACAUUGCAACAAACAUCCAUUUCAUUCUCUCACUACUCCAAAAGAAAAAAGCCAUGAACUCCUCCUCUCUUCUAACUCCUUCAUCUUCUUCUUCUCCUCAUCUUCAAUCUCCCGCAACAUUCGACCACGAUGACUUCCUCCACCACAUCUUCUCCUCAACUCCUUGGCCCUCUUCCGUCCUCGAUGAAGCUCCUCCGCCUACACCCGAUUGUACCGCCGUCCUUGGAUUUCACCACCACGACAUCGAUUCAAGAAACCAGAUCACUAUGAUUCCUUUGUCUCAUAACCAUCCUAACGACGCUCUCUUCAAUGGCUUCUCCACCAGAUCUCUCCCUUUCCACCUCCCUCAGGGAUCGGGAGGUCAAACACAAUCGCAGUCGCAGGCCACGGCGUCAACCACCACCGGUGGUACUACGGCGCCGACUCAGACUAAGCCUAAAGUUCGAGCUAGGAGAGGUCAAGCCACUGAUCCACACAGUAUCGCCGAACGGUUACGAAGAGAGAGAAUAGCGGAGAGAAUGAAAUCUCUUCAAGAACUUGUGCCUAAUGGCAACAAGACAGACAAAGCAUCAAUGCUCGAUGAGAUUAUCGAUUAUGUCAAGUUCUUACAGCUCCAAGUCAAGGUACUGAGCAUGAGUAGACUGGGAGGUGCUGCUUCUGUUUCUUCUCAAAUUUCUGAGGAUGCUGGUGGAUCCCACGAAAACACCUCAUCCUCCGGCGAGAAUCAGACGGCGAAGAUGACGGAGCACCAAGUGGCAAAGCUAAUGGAAGAGGACAUGGGAUCGGCCAUGCAAUAUCUACAAGGGAAAGGUCUUUGCCUAAUGCCCAUCUCUUUAGCCACCACAAUCUCCACCGCCACGUGUCCAUCUCGUAACCCUUUCGUUAAAGAUACCGGCGUUCCUUUGUCUCCUAACCUAUCCACUACAACAAUUGCUAACGGUAGUGGUUCGUCGUUGGUCACCGUUAAAGACGCUCCUACCGUUUCCAAGCCGUGAUAACGGCGGUUUUUUAAAUUAUUUUCCUUUUUUUGGGUGGAAAGAAAAAAAAACACAGAAGACAAAGACAAGUGGGAUUAAAGGCGGUAUUGGUCCAAAGUCUAGAAAAGAAAUAACGUUGCGUUUUAUACGACACCGUAUUUCGCUUUCUGUCUUUUUUUGCCUACUCAAACCACCCAAACACUCAUGUUUUCGCUUGGUGUUUUUUUUUCUUCUUUUUUUUUGGUAUUAAUCUAAUAUCCGCAAAGUUUUUAUCGGUUUAUAAAGUUGCAUCCUUUAAUU